AAGUGGCGUAAAGUUAAAUUGAGGUUAUGUUUUUUCACGUGCUGCUAAAUAAAAUUUCAUUCUUUAAAUAAUAAGAGGUUUCUAAAAUAUUAUAUGAUUUUAUGGUAUAAAAAUGGUGCGACAUAACAAUCAAUUACCAAACAAUUUGACUCAGUUACAAAAUCUAAUCAAAAGAGAUCCCGAAUCCUACAAAGAUGAAUUUCGACAGCAACUUGCUCAUUUUGAAACUACGUUGGAAAUUUUCAAUCUUAAUCCCACACAAUACAAUAAGAAGCUUGAUGAGCAGGCAAUGUUUUUAGCGCAAGUAACGCAGUGUUAUUUAAGUGACAUGAAAACUUUUCCCCAGAAGAUAGUGGAUAUUUUGAAAACUCAUAAUACUAUUUUACACAGUGAUAUGCGAUUAUCCUUGUGUAAAUGCUUAAUAUUGUUGAGAAACAAAAAUUUUGUAACAGCGUACGAUUUGCUUGAGCUGUUUUUUACAUUAAUAAAAUGCCAAGACAAAAAUCUUAGAGAAUACCUGAAAACUCAUAUCAUCACAGACAUAAAGAACAUGAAUAUGAAACAUAAGGACAUGAAGCUCAAUUCAACUCUACAAAAUUUUAUAUUUUCAAUGCUUCGGGAAUCCAAUGCUAAGACUGCUAAAUUAGCUGUAGAUAUAUUAAUCGAAUUGUAUCAUAAAAACAUCUGGAAUGACCAUAAAACGGUAAAUAUAAUUGCUGAUAUUGGAUGUUUCUCUAAAAUAACUAAAGUCAUGGUUGCAUCAUUGAAAUUUUUCUUAAGUAGAGAUGAAGAAGAGAAAGAAGAAAAUUCAGAUAGUGAAGAUGAAAUUGAUCCUCGAGAUACAAUGAUAUCCAACAAGUUCAAUAAGAAGACAAGGAAAAGGGAGAAAAUGGUUGAUAAAGUAAAGAAAAUUGCUAAGAAAAUGAAAAGGAAGAAGGAAAAAGCUCCAAUAUUCAACUUUUCAGCUUUACAUCUUAUAAAUAACCCACAAGGUUUUGCUGAAAAAUUAUUUAAACAACUAGAGUCAUCUAAUGAAAGGUUUGAAGUAAAACUAAUGUCACUAGAUGUUAUUUCCAGGUUAAUAGGCUUGCAUAACUUGUUCUUGUUCAAUUAUUAUCCAUUUAUUGCUCGACUUAUAAUGCCUCACCAAAGAGAAGUAACAAGGAUCUUGCAGUUUUCCGCUCAAGCAUCACAUGAACUUGUGCCUCCCGAAGUAUUAGAACCAGUGAUGAAAGCUAUUGCAAAUAAUUUUAUAACAGAAAGAAACUCUACUGAUGUUAUGGCAGUGGGCUUAAAUGCUGUUCGUGAAAUAUGCGCACGGUGCCCUCUUGCAGUUGGAGAAGAUCUACUCAGAGAUUUAGUACAAUAUAAAACAUACAAAGAAAAAUCUGUUAUGAUGGCUGCUAGGUCAUUAAUUCAACUAUACAGGCAGAAUAUGCCAAAUUUGCUCCAUAAGAAAGAUAGAGGCAGGCCAACAGAAGCACUUGCAGAACUAAAAUCAAAACAAUAUGGUGAAAUGGACAUAAAAAGUUACAUACCAGGUUCAGAGGUUUUAUUAGAGAGGAAAGAAGUUAAAGCAGUUGAAAAUAAAAAGAAGCCCAGAAAGAAAGCAGAAGACUCGGAUGAUGAAUGGGUUGAUAUUGCUUCAUCAGACUCUGAAAUUGAUAUAUCAGAUAGUGAUGAAGAUGGUAAUGAUGAUGAAGAUGAAACUAAAAGUAAUUCUACAGAUGGAGAAGAUGGUAGUGUCAAUGAUGACUCAAUAAAUAAUGAGCUGAAUUCUAAAGGUAACAUUAAAGAUAGCGAUGAAAACAGAAAAAUAUUGAAAGCUAAGAGGAAAGAUACUAAACAAGAUAUGAGUGAAAAAAUAGAAACUGCAAGAAAUAUUGCAAUGGAUACAAUCUUUACUGAUGAAGAUUUCAAACGCAUUGAAGCUGCUCAAAUAAAGAAAUGUGUGAGUGGUGUUAAAAGAAAUAAAAGCACUAUUGAAGAGCCGGAGGAGUCAACAGAACUUGUACAAUUAUCUGCUAUUGAAAACAUCCAUAAGAAAAGGAAACAUGACAAAAAUGCCAGACUAGAAUCUGUUCAUAAAGGAAGAGAAGAAAGAGAUAAAUAUGGUUACAAGGACCGAAGGAAGAAUGCUAACUGCUCCAAAACUAAUAGAGAAAAGAGAAAGACAAAAGCUUAUCAAAUGGUUAAGCAUAAAGCAAAAGGCAAAGUUAAAAGGUCUUUUAAAGAAAAGCAAAUUGCAUUUAGGAAUUAUUUAAUUAAACAAAAGAAAAUGAAGUAAUUUUUUAUGUACUGAUUGUAUUGUGUUAA